CGCACGCGCAAUGGCGGUAGUCCUUGGCUGAUCGGCCUGCUGUAGGUUACGGACCCGGACACACAGACGCAAUGCAGAGCUGGACGCAGCUGUACCGCUCGCUGGCCACGCGGAGCCAGCACCUCCCCUGCAGACUUCCCGCCUCCUCCACCUCCUCGCUGUCCAUCAGGAGCUUCUCCGACAGAGCAGCCAUCGAUGCCGACGUCACGGUGGUCGGCUCCGGGCCCGGAGGCUACGUGGCGGCCAUCAAAGCGGCGCAGCUCGGCUUCAAGGUGGUGUGCGUGGAGAAGAACGCCACUCUGGGGGGAACCUGCCUGAACGUGGGCUGCAUCCCCUCCAAGGCGCUGCUCAACAACUCGUACUUCUACCACAUGGCUCACAGCAAGGACUUUGAGAGCAGAGGCAUCGAAAUUUCCGGCCUGUCGUUGAACUUGGAGAAGAUGAUGGCCCAGAAGAGCGGAGCGGUGAAGGCUCUGACGGGAGGAAUCGCUCACCUCUUCAAGCAGAACAAGGUGACCCACAUCAGCGGGCACGGGAGGUUGAGCGGUAAGAAUCAGGUGACGGCCGUUGGCGCCGACGGCAACGAGCAGAUCAUCAACAGCAAGAACAUCCUCCUGGCCACGGGGUCAGAGGUCAUGCCCUUCCCCGGGAUCCAGAUCGACGAGGAGAGCGUGGUGUCGUCCACCGGAGCUCUUUCCCUGAAGAAGGUUCCGGAGGAGAUGAUCGUGAUCGGAGCCGGAGUCAUCGGGGUGGAGCUGGGCUCCGUGUGGCAGCGCCUGGGCUCCAGGGUGACGGCGGUGGAGUUCCUGGCCCACGUGGGCGGCAUGGGCAUCGACAUGGAGAUCUCCAAGAACUUCCAGCGCAUCCUGCAGAAGCAGGGCCUCAAGUUCAAGCUGGGCACCAAGGUCAUGGGCGCCACCCGGAGGCCGGACGGCAAGAUCGACGUGGCGGUGGAGGCGGCGGCCGGAGGGAAGAGCGAGACGCUGACGUGUGACGUGCUGCUGGUCUGCAUCGGCCGCCGGCCGUUCACCCAGAACCUGGGCCUGGAGUCUGUGGGCAUCACGCUGGACAGCCGGGGCCGGAUCCCCGUCAACAACCGCUUCCAGACCGCCGUGCCCAGCGUGUUCGCCGUCGGGGACGUGAUCGCCGGCCCGAUGCUCGCCCACAAGGCCGAGGACGAGGGCAUCAUCUGUGUGGAGGGCAUCGCGGGCGGAGCCGUGCACAUCGACUACAACUGCGUGCCCUCCGUCAUCUACACCCACCCCGAGGUGUCCUGGGUGGGCCGCACGGAGGAGCAGCUCAAGGAGGAGGGCGUCCCCUACAAAGUGGGUAAGUUCCCGUUUGCAGCCAACAGUCGGGCGAAGACGAACGCCGACACCGACGGCCUGGUGAAGAUCCUCGGCCACAAGGAGACGGACCGGAUGCUGGGAGCCCACAUCUUGGGAUCGGGAGCCGGAGAGAUGAUCAACGAAGCUGCUCUGGCCAUGGAGUACGGGGCGUCCUGUGAGGACAUCGCCAGAGUCUGCCACGCCCACCCGACGAUGUCGGAGGCCUUCAGGGAAGCGAACCUGGCCGCCUCCUUCGGCAAAGCCAUCAACUUCUGAUUGGCCGGUUCCCGCGGCCCCUUCAGUGUACAUAACGAGAGGAGGAAACCAGAAACGUCACCCAAACCCACUGGGACCCAAAACCUGCACCACCACGUUCAGUUCUGAUAUUUAAACGUUCUCAUUAAAACGACGACGGAGGGCUCGGACACUGACUUCAGAUCAGCUUUCAUAAACGCCCAUUUAAAGGCGUAUUACCACAUUUACUCUCAUGAAUAUAAAUAUAGUUCUCCUGAAGACGUUUUCUGGUGUUUCUGAUUUUUACAGCGUUGAACACAAAUGAGAGGAAAUCGUCUUGUGACUCACAGCAGCUGCAUCAGAUAUAUAAAAUAUAUAAUAUAUAAAUAUAUUACACUACUUAUAUUUUAAAUAAAUAAAAAAUUCCCCAAAUCGAUACUUUUAAUUGACCCAAACGUAACGAGGUCGAAUAAAAAUAGUUUUUUAGGGUCUCCUCACGAGCUCGUACACGUACCUGGAGUCUGAGUAUUAAUUAAAUUAAAGGAGCUAAACGACACCAGCUGACUUAUUGAAUUAUGAAUCUCACACUUCACGGUUCCCUGCUCCGCCCCUUUAUGUUCAACAGCUGCUGUGAUGUCACUGGUGUUUUCCACUCGACUGCUGCUCUGUGAUUGGCUCCCGGCCCGCUCUUGUUCAUUAUACAUUAAUCCAAUAAACUGCAAAUGAACAAAU